CGUGAGCGUGUGAGAGAGAGAGAGAGAGAGAGAGAGAGAGAGAGAGAGACUGGACAGAGACAAGUUAGCGCGGGUGAACGUGGGGAUGAGAGUUGUAUAUUUUCCUCACAUGCAUCGUGUGCACCUGAGAGUUUGGAUCUUUGCCUCUGAAGCUCCUGUCUGUCUGGUUGAGUGACUGUUUAGGUUGUUUCCCCAACCGCUUCCAUGUUGGACAUUAUUUUGAGUUUUUUGUUUUGAACUGGAUCCGUAGAGGUAAAGGCUGCGCGUGAGUGUGUGGCAGAAGUAGUGACUGACUAAGCUGUCAUCAUUGGUUGGGGACCAAGUUGGUGGGUACGAAUGAUGUGCUAGAUAUUUUUAAGGACCUGGUUUACAUGGGAGAGCUUUGAAUGGUUUCAGUGUGUCCGUGUUUGCAUGGGUGUGUUUUGUUUUGAUUUGUGUGUGCGUGCCUGUGGCCACUUUUGUCACGGUUUGCAUUCCAUAUUAGUUUUUUGUGUGUGACGUGUGUAUAUGUUGACUUGUUAGUCUGUGUGUUUCAUAGGGCUUAUUGUUUUUAUAGUUCCCUAGUUUGGCUGUUUUGUCACUUCUCUAGCUGUUCAUGGCGUGUGUGUGUUUCUCUUUCAAAUAAUCACUGGUGUAUGUGUGCUUAUUGGACAGUGGCAGCAGUGGGGCGCGUGAUGCGGUGUGCAUGGGUUUAGUGUAUGUCCCAGAGUGUGCAUGUGUGUUUGUGUGGCGGCGGGUGCGUGUGUGUGUGUGUGUGCUGGGGCGAUGUACAGGCGGUCACCCUGUGCCCGAAGCAGGGUGCAUUUUGACUUCAGUGAGGAGGUCAUCAGGCGACUGCACGCCUCCAACCACAGCCAUGUUCACAGCUUCGACGUGGAGAAUGGCCCCUCUGUGGGCUGCAGCCCGCUGGACGCCCAGGUGUCCCCGGGCUCGGGGCUGGUCCUCCACACCAACUUCCCCGGACACAGCCAGCGGAGGGAGUCCUUCCUCUACCGCUCCGACAGCGACUAUGACCUGUCGCCCAAGUCCAUGUCCCGCAACUCCUCCAUCGCCUCGGAGAUACACGGGGACGACCUGAUCGUCACGCCUUUUGCUCAGGUUCUGGCCAGCCUCCGAAGUGUACGGAACAACUUCACAGUGCUCACCAACGUACAAUGUGCCUCAAACAAGAGAUCUCCUGCUGCCACCACCCAGCCCCCCAUCACCAGAGUGUGUUUGCCAGACGAGGCCUACCAGAAGAUGGCGGUGGAGACGAUGGAGGAGCUGGACUGGUGUCUGGACCAGCUGGAGACAAUCCAGACGUACCGCUCCGUCAGCGACAUGGCCUCCAACAAGUUCAAGAGAAUGUUGAAUCGGGAGUUGACGCACCUUUCCGAGAUGAGUCGGUCGGGAAAUCAGGUCUCCGAAUUCAUCUCCAACACCUUCCUAGACAAGCAGAACGACGUGGAGAUCCCGUCGCCCACGUCCAAGACGCGGGAGAAGAAGAAGCAGCAGCAGCAGAAGCAGCAGCAGCUGAUGACCCAGAUCAGCGGCGUGAAGAAGGUGUCCCACGGGCCGUCCAUCUCCGCCACCUCCAUCUCCCGCUUUGGCGUGAACACGGACAAGGAGGAGCUGCUGGCAACGGAGCUGGAGGACCUCAACAAGUGGGGGCUCAACAUCUUCACCGUCUCCGAGUACUCCACCCACCGGCCCCUCACCUGCAUCAUGCACGCCAUCUUCCAGGAAAGAGACAUGUUGAAAACGUUCAAAAUCCCAGUGGAUACGUUCGUCGCCUACAUGAUGACGCUGGAGGACCACUACCAUUCAGACGUGGCGUACCACAACAGCCUGCACGCCGCCGACGUAGCGCAGUCCACGCACAUUCUGCUCUCCACCCCUGCCCUGGAUGCGGUCUUCACAGAUCUUGAGAUCCUAGCAGCCAUUUUCGCUGCCGCCAUCCAUGACGUUGACCACCCUGGAGUAUCAAACCAGUUCCUCAUCAACACCAACUCGGAGCUGGCCCUCAUGUACAACGACGAGUCGGUGCUGGAGAACCACCACCUGGCCGUGGGCUUCAAGCUGCUGCAGGAGGACAACUGCGACAUCUUCCAGAACCUCAGCAAGAAACAGCGCCAGUCGUUACGCAAGAUGGUCAUUGACCUGGUGCUGGCCACUGAUAUGUCCAAGCACAUGAGCCUGCUGGCCGAUCUGAAGACCAUGGUGGAGACCAAGAAGGUGACCAGCUCUGGAGUGCUGUUGCUGGACAAUUACACGGACAGAAUACAGGUGCUUCGUAACAUGGUGCACUGCGCGGACCUGAGCAACCCCACCAAGUCCCUGGAGCUGUACCGCCAGUGGACGGACCGCAUUAUGGAGGAGUUCUUCCACCAGGGGGACCGGGAGAGGGAGCGCGGCAUGGAGAUCAGCCCCAUGUGCGACAAGCACACCGCCUCUGUUGAGAAGAGCCAGGUUGGCUUCAUCGACUACAUCGUCCACCCGCUGUGGGAGACCUGGGCCGACCUGGUGCACCCCGACGCCCAGGACAUCCUGGACACGCUGGAGGACAACCGCAACUGGUACCAGAGCAUGAUCCCCCAGAGCCCCUCCCCGCCCUUCUACGACCAACUGACAGAAGGGCCCGGCGGUGGGGGCGGGGGCGGCGGCGGCGGCGGCGGCGGCGGUGGCGGCGGUGGUGGCGGCGGGGGGGAGAAGUUCCAGUUUGAGCUCACCUUGGAGGAGGAGGAGGAUGGCGACGGUGCGGACCGGAACGGGGAAGGGGGCGAGGAGGAAGAGGAGUUGGAGGAGGAAGAAGAGGAGGAGGAUAUUUUAGGGGGGUCCACACGGCCUCCUCCCAUGGACUGCCCCAACGGGCCAGAGAACGAGGAGGAGGUCACCGCGGCGAUAGAGAUCGUCACGCAGGAGCCGUCGCCGACAGACACAUAGUGGGGGCGGGGUGUAACGGUUUCAGCUCAUGUUGGAGGUUGAAAAGGUUUUGAAUUAAUAGUUUUUGAAGGAAAAUAAAAAGGGGACAUCCUCUUGCAGCUGUGCUUUGUACCGAGCCCACUGAAUGAAGCAGAGGCUCAGUUUUUGGUCCCGCAUCGAGUAGGGCGUCUUGCACUUGGGCGUACGGAGCCAGAGACGAGGGAGAGAGAGGGGGAUGGAGAGACAGAGAUAUAUAGAGAGCGAGCGAGGGGCGGUUUAAUGGGAAGCGGCUACAGAGUUCUCAGGAAAAUAAAUGCUGCGAACAAUUUCCGAACAUUCGGACAGUUAAAUGCAAAGGAGGAAGGAACUGACGUUACUUGUGGCCAGUUUUGCAGACGGUUGCUUUAAAUGUUCAGGACUUGCAUUAAACGGACACUGACACUACUGAGAGAUUUUGUACCUUAAGACUUUUUCUUUUUUUUACAGACACAAUGUGUUUUAGAAGUAGCAUAGAGUUACGAUCUACUGAGGGGGCACAUUUGGAUAGAGAAAGUGUUUACUUUUUUCCUGUACCAUUUGUCAGAGGACUUUUGUGUGCCUUUUUUACUAUUGUCUUUAUAAUAGUUUUUUUUAUUUAUUGAACACUCUAGUAUGUCUGUGAAAUAUAUCUGAAAGAGCAAAUUCUUUUUUGUGUCUCAGAAAAGGAGUGCAGUCUUCCAUGUAUUGGGCAAUAGAUAAAUCCAAAACAAACUUUGACAAACGAUUCUUGGACAAACUCAUCCAAAUAGGAAAAUCAAAAACCAUAACAAUCACCAAUUUCCAUCCAAUCAUUCACCAUGACCUAUCAACACACGCAUACACACACAAACAGACACACACACACACAUCCACAUAUAUACACCUACACACGUAUAUGUGUGUGUAUGUAUACAUGUGUGUGUUAGAUUCAUAAUGAAUGUUAAUAGGUCAUAUUCAAUAUUCACAUCCAUGAUGAUUUCUAAAUGAAAACGGUCAAAUUAAAAGAAUGUUUGUCACUCGAAAUGACACCACCUGUCAUUUUUGUUUUUGAUUUCUCAUCCUCUAUGAACUCCUAGUCAUUUGUUAUUCCCCAGCAAAAGUCUUUCAGACGUCCUUAUUCGCCAUUCAUUUUGGUCCGUUAACUUCAGAUCCACCCAGCUCUACGCAGCGCACCGGCAGAACUGGACCUCAGCACUCUGCCGGUGCAGUGAGCAGAAAUAGCAGUUGAUCAUAUAAUGGCCUUUGUGAGUCUAUUGUGAGUCUAUUCUUAGCCCUCCCAAAGGCACGCCGUGGUCUUAAUAAUCCUGUUAGUGUGCAUUGGGCUCCGGCCCCAUGCCGUUGUGGUGUAGGGAGCAAUCAGGGUCCGAGCACAUGAUGAAGGUGUUCCUACAGCUGCUCGGCGCUCGCCUGAGGGCUAGUCUCACGCCUUCAUCGGUGCCAUUAUUCACCGCUGUUUAUAAACCCUCUCAGACUCGGGGGACGUGACCCCAAAACAAUCAGGCCAGCUAUUUAUUUCUCAAAAAAAUAAAUUCCCAGCCCCUAAUGUGCUGCUUCUGCUCAUUGACGUCAAUGGACUAUUGUUUUUUUUCUUUCUCGUGCAAUUCUAGGACGUGGGGGUUGAAGGGUUUUUUUGGGCACAGAGGGAAUUGCUAGAUCGGGUCAUCAGAUUUUGAGUGGAGAAGGAAAGGAAAUAUUACAGGCUAGAUUUUAAAACCAAAAUGAAAGUCCUUACAUUUACCCCUAGAUUUGAUUCGUUCUGGCCCAGUGGUUGCUAUGACUACUGCCUCUGCCAUUGGCCUCAAUGACUGGUUUUCAUGGACGGGUCUUUUUGCAUCUGAACUCCACCAUCACUUCAUUCACCUUUUGUCCAACCACAUCCCAGCAUGCAACAUGUGCGAACAAUUGUGAGUGGCAUCUCUUUCUUUGUACCUGUAAUUGUGUAUGCACGGAUGUUGGAGGUGUGUGUGUGUGUGUGUGUGUGUGUGUGUGUGUGUGUGUGUGUGUGUGUGUGUGUGUGUGUGUGUGUGUGUGUGUGUGUGUGUGUGUGUGUGUGUGUGUGUGUCCGCGUGUGUGUGAAAGAGAGAGAGCACUCUAUUCGUCUAUGUCAUCAGGCCUUACCCUAUCAUGCAACUCGUUUGUCUCUACUGUUUGUCGCUAGGAGCUCAAGUUGGUCUUUCUUGCUGUUUAUAACAGUGUGUAUUUAUUCUACACUUAAAAGCUUGUACAUAAGAAAUACUGGUUCAGUGUAAAAUCUAUUUUAAUUUAUAUGCACUUGCAUUACCUGGAAGUGGUGGUGUCUAAUGUGUAGAAGACUCUGGAUCGGAGUCCUUUUAUAUUCUGUACUACAUAUUGUUUUUGAUAUAUAAAUAUUUAUAUAUAAGUAUAUAUAUAUUCGCACAAUGUUUUUAGUGCCCAGCAGUGCAGCAGCUAAAGAGACACUGUUGCUGUCACAUGAGAACCUUGUAACCAUUUACAUUUUUUUUUUUAACUAAAGUUUCAAGUUAAUAUGAUUCUUCAAUGCGGACAAUGUAAAUGCAGAUUCUGUCAAUUUUCCAAAACAAAGAAAAUUUCAAUUUUCAAUCGAAUUAGAUGCAUCAUUACCCUUCAGUUGUUUUUGUUAACAAAAUAAUAACGCCAUUCCUUUCUUUGCUUAGUACUAGGUUUUCAUUUGACAGCAAAACUUAGGUCACCCAAAUGCUCCAUAGAGGACAUGUUAUACUGCUUGGGCUUGGAAAUAGGAUCCUGAAAAAGCUAGGCAAGAGGAAAGAAUCUCAGUCCAUGCUUGGUAUCAAAAUACAUGAAUAGUUUUUUCUCUCUGCGGCUUGUCACAACCUAAGCUUGUCCAUCCAGCAUUUUGAAUGCAGAUUGCUGAUAUAGGAGGCUCAGAUAUGGUUCGACUGUCAAACACAAAACAAUUGUCUUCUUUUACACAUUACGCACUUGAUGUAAAAGUAGAUACCACAAGGGGAGGUUGGUAGCAUGCUACAAUUCACCCCUGUGCACCAACGUGAACCGGUUCGAAUUAUCGAGACGUGAUUAUGUAAUUGAUUUUUGCUAAUGUGUGAACUCUUUCUGACCAAACUUGUUAGCAGUUUUGAAAUUCAAAUUCUGUCAGUAUUACCAUUGUUAAUAUAUGUUCAAGCUUUCUUUGGUCCAAGUCGUGUCCAAAAUGGUUAACCAGAUUUAGCACUAUCUGCAUGAGAGAUGGGAUUAUUAUUUUUUUUUAUCAAUAUUAUGUUGAAGUCUGUCGUUUGUUGCCGGCAGAUAAUUAAAUGUUUCACACAAUGUAUGGUAUUAUAUUGUAUAUUGUGUUUAAAAUGAAAUCUAAAAUACUUUUUCUAUGAAGUGAUUAAAAACAAAGCAUGGAUAUAAUAA